AUGCGUAAAAAUCUGGAUGAUGCAGUAUUUAAGGACAUGGCUGCUAUUGUUGAUGAAGAACUUCGUACCAGUUUGCAUAUGGCAGCAGAAAAAGGUAAUCUUGGCAUAAUGAAAUUACUCAUAGAAGUCAACAGGAGCGAUGGUCUAGACGCUCGUGAUUCCAUGGACCGUACGCCAUUACAUGCAGCAGCUAGUUGGUCUGCAUAUGAUGAUGAUGAUAAUAAAAGGCGAACUGACUGCAUUAAGCUUUUGGUCGAUCAGAACGCUGACAUAAAUGCGACAGACUUACGACGAGAGACACCAUUACACAUAGCGUGCAAAAGUGGUUCAGUCUCAUCUGUGAAAUGUCUGCUUAAAUCAAAAGCUGAUCUUUUGGCAACAAAUAUAUAUGGACUCAACUGUCUUGAAGUGGCAAUCGAAGAGGAAAAUAAACCAGUCGUUAAAUACCUUCUUGAACAUGAUCGUGUAUUUGAAUUGAUGCGUAACGCACAAAUUGAGAAAGAUUCGCAGGAGGCGAUGAUGAUUACUGGUGAACUUAACUUUAAUGAUGUUAUGUAUUCAUCAGAUCAAGAAGCUUACUAUAAACUUGGUUAUAUCAUGUUCAUUUUAUUUGCUAUUUUUAUGACAGUUAUUACAAUGAAUCUUUUAAUUGGUUUGGCUGUUGGUGAAAUUCAAGGUUUAUUAAAGCAGGCUAAGUACGCUCAACUCGAUAUGACUUAUGAACUUGCACGUGAUUAUGAAGUUCUUCGAAUGCAACUUUUCAAAUUGAAAGAUCGCUGUCGAACUAUUGGUUUUCAAGUUGAACCGUAUGAAACUCGUGAUAUGCUUAAGAUACCCAAUCAUACUAAAUUCGGAAAAUGGUUUUCGAAUUUGUUGGCACGUGAAUUGUUUGCUGAUGAAUUGAUGGAUGAACCUACCGAUGAUACAACCGAACAGCAAUUUAAUAUAUUACAGGAACUUCAAUGUGGAAUGCAAAAAAUUACUUCAAAAGAUCAUGAUCAAGAUGAAAAAAGGAAGGAUUAUCAAAUCAAGAAAAAAAGUUAA